CACAAUGGAAACAACCACAUUCGUCAGUCAGACCUUGUCGAACACUCAUGAACAUUUGGAUUUUUGUGUUUUAAGUUUUCAAAGUGUUAAAACGUCACGUAAAUCUUCUACUUUGGUGGAAAUUUCAAAAAUUUAAGUGGCAUGAUUAAAAUUCAAUUUUUUGUCAAGUAAAUAGUGUAAAUUUUACAGAAUGGAUGUAAGUACUAAUAAUGUAUUUUAUGACGGCGAAGUUGACAGCUUGCAAUGGCAAGAUUACCUUGUGAUCGGCACAACCAUGUCAAUCUUCGUCAUUAUCGGGCUCUACUAUCGAUUCACCGGUGGACGACAACGUAGUAUAGAGGAAUACUUCACCGCGGAUGGCUCUAUAGGUUUCUUACCCCUCUCAGUCGCCAUGAUGGCUUCCUAUGUAUCAGGACUUGUUAUGCUUGGAAAGAGUGGGGAAAGUUACAUCCGCGGUCUAUUCAUUGUACUAAUGUACCUGACCGACAUGUACGUUGUGCCCAUCAUAGUCCUUUGUUAUCUGCCAGUUUUCUUCAAGCUGAAGGCCAUAAGCAUUUAUGAGUAUCUACAACAGCGAUUUGGGUUGUAUAUACGGUUGCUCGUAAGCGUGAUUUAUUUCUUCGAAACGACAUUAAUGGCCGGAGUAAUGCUGUACCUUCCUUCAAUAGCUCUCGAAGAUACCACAGGCUUGCCUAGUACCACGAGUAUUUUUUUACUCGCUAUGAUCUGUACUUUUUAUUCCACAUUUGGUGGCAUCAAAGCGACUUUGAUGAACGGCGUCUUGCAGGGCUUAUUUAUGCUAAUCACUCUCCUUGUCAUUAUCAUUGUCGCCUCCCAGAAUGUCGACGGAGGAAUUGGUGGCCUUUGGAGUAUCGCGGAAGAGGGAAAUCGUACACAAUUUUCUGAAGUGUCUUUAGAUCCAACUGUACAUUACACGUGGUGGAGUCUUUUACUUGGAGGAGGAUCAGUAUGUCUGACCAGUCUUGCGGUGAACCAAAUGCACUUUCAACGUAUAAAGACUGCUAAAAACGCACAAGGGGCCAUGAAUGCUCUGUUUUUUUGCGGUCCAUUCAUCUCUUUGGCAGGUAUUUUAACAUGCUUCGCCGGAAUAUCAAUUUAUGCAAUCUACAAAGAUUGUGAUCCUGUUGCCUCCAAACAAAUUUCGUCCUAUGACAAAAUAUUGCUUUACUUCGCGGCGAGAAACUUACCACCUGGAAUUGUUGGUUUUAUUAUUUCUGGUGUCUUCUGCGCCGUCCUGAGCACAGUUUCCGCUAUGAUAAAUUCGUUAGCCGCAGUGGCGCUCGAAGAUCAUGUAAAGCCACUAUACCGAAAAUUUGGGAAGGAUAUUUCUGACGGAAAAGCUGCUUUAAUAGCCAAAAUUCUUACCGUUGUAAACGGCUUUAUGUGCAUGAAUUUAGCGUUUUUUGCAGAAGUAGUGGGUGAAAUAGUCGCCUUUGCCCUUAGCAUUCAUCUGGCUGUUGGCGGACCAAUUUUAGGUACCUUUACUCUUGGAAUAAUUAGUGAAAGAGCUAAUGAGAAAGGAACUAUUAUUGGCACAAUUACGUCGUUAAUCAUCUGCUUGGUGGCCGCUUUCGGGAAACCUAAGCCACCAAUUCCAAAGUUACCUGUAUCUAUCGAGAAUUGUGCAAAUUCUACAAAAAUCUUUCUUAUUGAAGAGAUGAAUUUUAACAGUACUAUACAAGAUCCGUCAGAGUACUCCUACUUAUAUCGCAUCUCCUACUUAUGGUAUACCCCGAUCGGACUGGUAAUUACUCUAAUAGUUGGAUAUGUGGCGAGUAUCAUAAUUCAGCGUAUCCAAGGCGGAGAUAAUAUCGAACACGAUCCAGAUUUGUUUGUACCAUGCCUGGCCAUUAAGAUGAAACAGCGACGUCAGGACCCACGUUACACCACGGGCAGUCAACUCUUUAUUUUGGAAGAUUUAAAAUCAUUUUAUGAUUUAUGAAUUUAAAUAACUCUUAAUUAUUUAAAAUGUGAUAUCUUAUCAAAUCAAACAGGAUAAUCUAAAAAUAAAAAUAAUAAUUGACUGCCUGUAUAAACAUUCAUAAAAUUGUAAGAAACAUUAUAAUUAAAACUUAUUGUGCUAUGUA